CUGGUUCAGGUCCUGCACCUUGGCGGUAAGAACCCAGUUUGCUCAGUUCUUCUGUUUCUCAGCCUGAGUUGCAUUCUAGAGUGCCCUAUGAAGUUGGUUUAUCAACUGGCAUUGACAGACUAAAUGUCUGCGACAGGUCAUCUACUCCUUCCCUGGAAAAGAAGAAAAUUGAGGACUUCUCUGUAAGGUUAAUGAAUGGAAAUCUAAAGCCUGGAAGGAUGGAUAUACAGGAGAAGCGAAAUGCAGGAAUCAAUUUUGAAGAGCAGCAUAAGUCUUGUUUGACUAAAUUUCAGCAGUCUUCUCUGAAGGAGGAGCCAUGUAAUCCAUCAUUUGGGUUAGUUGUACCUUAUACAUCUCCAGGUGAAGCAAACGGUCAAAUCGGGAUUUCUGACACUCAUUUGCGACCAAGCCCUCAACCUUCACCUGCCAAGCAAUUUGAUAAUGCUCUUCAAAGUUGGCUUGACUCAUCCAGUGAAACUCAGAUUCGAAAUGGGAGGCCUCAAGCGGAUGGCCGCGGAAAAAAUAACUUAUUUCCUCGUUAUUGGCCUAAGUUUACUGACCAAGACCUGCAGCAAAUAACUGGAGAUUCAAAUUCUAUAAUCACUCCUUUGUUUGAGAAAAUUUGUAAGUGCUAGUGUUGCUGGGCGAAUUGGCGUCU